GCCGUAAGUGCCACCAAAUUCACCACUUCUCAUAUAUACAUAUAUAGUUUUCAUUCGUAAGAGAAAAAUCAAAUAUGUUAGUAAAAAUGAAAAUAUAGAGCAAACAAAUUAAGUAAAUUAACACUGCUAGGUUCGAAAUCAGCAGCUGCGGAAAGAGAAUUUAGCAAUCAGCUCUUGUCCGUAAGAAAAUUAUGAGAUUCGGUCCAUCUUUUGAAUUAAAAAAGAAGAUUAAAUAGACACAUUUAGAUAUUACAGUUUUUGGAGGAAUAUGUUCAAGUGGAAAAGACAAUAUCGUUUACCAAAAAAAAAAAAAAACAUUGGUGGAGCUCUCCCUCUCCCACGUCAAAAUAUCAUAAAAAGGCAUUGUCAUAGUCUCACUCGUUCUUGUGUUGCUCAUGUGCACACAUGCCUUUCCAUGUGGAUCACUCAAUAAAUCAAACCAUUUUCUUCUAUCUACACAAACCAAUCAUUAAUUAUUGUUCAGCACUCCAAGAUGGGAUUUUGAGUGACUAAAAUUAAAGAUAUUAAUAAAUCGAUUGAAUUGAAUAGAAAAAGAUAGACAGGUUGUGUAUUGGAAAACCGGCGAUUAAAUUUUAAAACGAUGUUGGUGUGAUGGCAUUCAUAUAAAUGUGCAUAUGUAGGGAGGAGUUAUACGAAUGGAACUUGGAACAUCAUUAUCCAGAGUUUUUUAGGGCGAAAUUAUUAAGAGAAUAUGAAAAAACAGUUUUUUAAUUUUUUUAGUUGAAGUUUAAAAAACAGUUUUUUAUAUUUCUCUUAGAAUUCCGCCCUAAAAAAUUCUGGAUAAUGUGCUCUUAGGAAACAUGUGAGAGAAAUGAAGAGAUAGAGAAAUAAUGACUGAUGAGCCUCAUAAAGUAUAAACCAAAUCAUGGAGUUUUCAAGUGAUGAUCAAGACGAAAGUAUUAUUCGAACCUAAUCAGCUUACCAGAGGCCCAAAUAUGGUUUUAAAGACUAUAUAAUUUGGGCCCAUUUUAUAUGAAUCUCAUGAACUUCUCUAAAAGAAACUAAAACAUUUUUCAAAACAUGUUAGUUUGAUAUAAAAAUAUGGGGUGAGAGAGGCUCGAACUCUCGACCUCAGGAUCACUCAGUAGCUAUGAGACCUACGCGCUAGCCAACUGCGCCACCACCCCAGAUGCUUUGUACUUCGGAUUUAACAUUAACGAAGCUUCUUAGCUUUCUUUUGAUUUCCUAUUUUCCUAUAUAAUCGACAUGUUUGCAACGUGCAGACGUCACGUCCAAAUGUAUAUGCAACUGAAUCCAAACUAACUGAAAUUAAAAUACAAUUAUUUUACGUCUAUCGUUGUUUCAGCGUAAAAACAUAUAUAAGAAACACAACUACUUACAGAAUUAUUAUGAAAACAUCAACAACAACACAAUGGAAGUAUUUUUUGAAAAUGCAUUUCUAUGAGAGGCCAUACUUGUUAUUCGAGCAUCGAAUGUAAUUGUUUUUAUUAGCGAAAUUCGUCUCGUAUAAUCUAAGAACGUGAAAUUUAGAUUAUAAACCAACUAACAUGGCUUGAAACCACAUAUGUGAUGCAUUUAUUAAGUAUGAGACCAUCUUACUUUAGCAUUUUACCAAAAAAAAGCAUGAGACCAUCUAUUUUAAUAUUGCACUAGACACUGAAUUUGGAUAAUUAAAUAAGGGGAUGACUGCAUGAUCUUCUUCUCUUUUACUACAUGAUAUUUAUAAUUUUUAAUCAUAGUUUGAUAGUUGUAAGUUGUAACUAUGGAGCCAUGAUGGAGGAUGAGAAAUCGUCAAAUCUAUCCGAAAGUCAAGACCCUCUUCGUCAAUAUUUUGAUUUAAUUUUUCACUCAUGGUUUGGUGGAAAGAAUAAUGGACUUCCACUAAUCAUGAAAACUCAUUAGAGAAUCUGUUUAGCUUAGUCAUUAAAUAAAUACUACACACACGUCGACUACACUUUAUAUUAUUUUUUAUAAUAUGAUUGAGUUCAGCAGCUAACAUAUUGUAUUUAUAUAAUAUGAAGAUCGGGUUGUCAGAUUAAGAGAUAGCUACACAUGUCCUUCUUUAUGAUUUAUUUACCCAAAACAGACUAUAGGAUCAGGAAUAAUGUCCCAUAAUAUAUUGAGACUAAGGAAGAGAAUUAGAAUUGUAGAACUGUAUGAAAAUAUUGAUAACAGAAAGAAUGUAAUUCUAAACUCCAGACUGUUUUUUCGUCCGUUCAUAGCUUUCCAGUAAGCUAAUGAUUAAAGGGAAGGUUAAGUACAUGUUAGCAUGAGAGAAUAAGGAACAAGUUCCAUUAUUCAAUUAUUUUACAUGUGCAUUUAAAUUAAUAUUUUAAAAUAAUAUAUUAAUUUCAGUGUUAAAAGAAAUUAAUCUAUUUUUAGUGGAUGUAUCACAUGAAAACUAUAGAGACGCGCAGGAGAAAUAUAAAAGAUAACAAGAGACCACCAACUCAAAAGAGAACAUGAGAAAAGAUAAAACAAAAUAUUGAUCAGCAUAUUUCUAAAUGUACUAUAGUGAAUUAAGAAAUAGUAUCCUAGAUAUUUCCCUAAUCAGAUACUCUUUUUACUAUAAAUAUAAAAAAAUAAAAUAUUCAUUAUAUAAUUCUAAUAAUGAAGAUAUAUCAUAUAUUUGUUUCCUUCUAAAUCCUUGACUGAAUAACGUACAAUCCAGUAUUAACAUUUAUAAGUUCACUACUAAUAACAUACUUAAAAUAAUUCAGAUUCUUUAAAAUCGGCACUUGAUUAUAUUUCUUAUUAAACCUUUAGCAGAAAUCAAUUACAAUUUACAGUAUAAGUAAAUAUUAUAUAUUAUGAUAUUUUUUAUUGUAUUUUUUAUGACAAUCAUCAAAUAUUAUAUAUUAUGCAAAGAUAUAAUACUUAAAGAGAAACUAUUCUCUUGAUAACGUACCAAACAAACAAAGAUGAUUAUCUACACUAUCAGAUUGUUCUUAUUAAACCUUUAGCAGAAAUCAAUUACAAUUGUUUGGUAAGUGAAUAUAUUUUUUAUGAUAAUCAUCAAAUAUUAUAUAUUAUGAGAUUACAGUAUUACAAUUUACAGUAUAAGUAAAUAGUAUAAGUUAAUAGAAAAUUAAAACUAUGUUAUAUUUUUUUUGGAACGCUAAAACUAUGUUACAUAAUGGCUAUAAUUAAAACAGAAGAUUUCUCUAAUUAUAUAAAAUAGAGAAGAAAAGUUGUGGAGGAGCUAUAAUGUUAAAACCUGGCAAAUUAGACAGCGGAGAUAUACUCAAGUGCUGUCUUGUCAGACUACUCUCUCUCUCUCUCUCCUUCUCCUUCUCCUUCUCCUUCCCCUUCUCCUUCUUAUACAAAACCCUCCAAUCACUAUUCUAAAAUACUCAAAAGCAAUUUUAGUCAUUCUCUCUCUUCGUAUGUGUAGAGUCGCCGAGUCGGAGUCAAACACGACAUCGUUUCAAGGGUUGAAAUUGCAACCUUUUGAUUGGUCUCACUUCUCUCUGCCCAACCAAAAACAACAUUUGAUGAUAUAAAGAAGCUAAGUUUGUACACAAAUCUUCUUUCGUUUAUUUUUUUAAUAAAUAAAAUGUAUCAAACGAGCUAUUACCGAUCACCGUUCGGAGACACGACUUUCACCAAAGUGUUCGUUGGAGGAUUAGCAUGGGAAACUCCCGCCGCAGAAAUGCGUCGUUACUUUGAUCAGUUCGGAGAGAUUCUUGAAGCCGUCAUCAUCACAGAUAAGAACACCGGCAAAUCUAAAGGCUACGGUUUCGUGACGUUCCAGGAGGCUGAUUCUGCGACCAGAGCCGUGGCAGCUCCUAAUCCUGUGAUCGACGGGAGAAAAGCCAAUUGUAAUAUUGCUUCUUUUGGACGGCCCCGACCAUCUCCACCUAGAGGCCGAGGACAAACAGGAAGUCCGAGUCCGUACCAAAGUGGAGGACCAUCAGCCUAUACGGGGAUGGCUGCACCGCUGCCACCGGCUUCAGCUGCCCACCAGCUCAUGUAUCCUUCCUAUGGGUACACCUAUAACCCUGAUCAAUUUCGGUACCACCAAGCAAUGUACAACACACAGUUGCAACAAGCACAGUACUAUCAACAGCAGCAACAACUAUAUGGAGGAGGAGCAACAUCACCAUCAGCAGCAACAAUAAUGCCUUCUCCUUACUAUUACGGCUAUUCUCUUCAAGCUUCUAGAGUGCCAUACCAACACCAUCAUCCUCAUCUUCCUCAACCGUAUAACCCUCAACAACAACAACAGCAUCAACGGUUUACUUCUCCUCCUUUACUCGUUUACCCAUCCAGUUCACCUUUUUCAUCUCCUCUCCAAGGAUUACUCUCUUCUUCCGAAGAAUCUGAAGCACCCCAACAAGUGUCAGCAAAAGUUGAAGCAACAACUGCACCUGAAAGUACAUCCAGCAAAGAACCAACUUCUUCUUGAUCUUUUUCAUUUCCCCAAUUUGUACAAUCUUCACAUUUGUCUCUCUCAAAAGAUUCAAAAAAGAAAAGAAAAGAAAACAGCUAAUUUCUUUUUCAAAAAAGAAGAAGAAGAAAACAGCUAAUUUCUUAUUUCUCCAGAGCUAUGACUUGAGCCCCGAAGACCACUCAAGACUGCCAAAAGUGUCUCUUUAUAAUACUCGUGUCAUAGUUUUUCUCUGUUAUUUUUUGUUCUGACGGAAUCUAUAUGUAAAUCCAGAGUCCUUCAAAUAAUUGUCUCUUUAUAAUACUCUUCUUAUUCGUUAUUUUUAUUCUAAUAAUUUCAACUUUAUGAUAUAUGUUUCGUAUUCCUGCUU